AUGCAAUCCAGAAAGAGGGCCAGAGGUCCAUUGCCUCAGCAAGGUCUGCAGAAGAAACAAAAGUAUGCGGGUGAGGCGACAGCUAAUACGCAGAACAUAUGGAAAUGCCUGCCGAGGCUGAGUGAGCACGAGAUGGAUAUCGACAAUGCGAUCAAGCACAGCCGUCUCUUCAUCAGGUUGAGUUUGGAGGAGCAGAAGCAUUUACGUACAAUCAUAACAGCGAUAAAUGACGUGAUCGACGCAGAAAAGUAUGCGUUCCACACGCACAGCAUAGAACUCAAGAACUUCCACAUAACGGACUGCUGCGUGUUGCUAGCCUUCAUCAUGAUAAACCUCAACAAGCUACGGCGAGGUUUGGGCGGGACGGAUUACUGCAGCAUCACAAAACCUUUCUACUUGCGCUGCUCGGUGUAUAUCCACCGGACCUGUCAGGUGGUCCAGAUGCCGACGGCCAAUAAGAAAACCACCUUUAGGAGGCAGCUGGUUCGGCUGCCGGCGGUCUCCGCAUUCAAACAAGUGGAGUUCCAAAGUGCAGACUUAAAGGACCUCAUGCAAGGUAUCCUGCAGCAGGUGUCUGCAUGGCGAUUCCGGCCCUCGCCCACAUAUCUACACCGCGACUUCGCCGCAGGUCUAAUAUUACAGCGGGAGCAGGUGGCUAAGGAGCUUGCUCCUAUGUCCGUGGUCACCAGCCUGAUCGACAUGGGGCUGGUUAUGCCACAGAAUAAAGCUGCCAUCGAACAGACCCAGAGGGCACUCGAGGAACAUGGCCAGCGUCUCCUGCUUCAUAAUGAGCAAGUUACAGUAGCCGCUGUGGAUGAAGCGAAACCCCAAACUACGGACUCGAAACCCUCGCGCUACUCGGGCUUGCCCACGAAAGGUCCCAACUCCCGAUACCAGGGUGCCCCUGCCCGCGCUUCGCCGCAUGGGGCCUUCCAGGACCGCAAACAGAAUCCUGGUUUUCUUUCGAUGAAGGAUAUCACAGAAUAUUGUAUUGCCACAAUCAAAGCGACCAUGGAAAUCGUCGCUUCUAAGUCUGCGUAUCAAAUUACCCGCGUCUAUGUCAAAUGCCCGAAGUCCUGCGUCGAUGUGCUGUACCAGAAGCUGGCAGAUUUGCGCACCGAAUCCAGCUGCAAUAUCGUUGUACUGAAUAUCCAGACCGUUCAUGAAUCCACGUCAUGGUUCGACACACUGAACAUGGAACGCCACACCACCACUGUACCCCCGCCAAGCACCCUGCGAGUCAUUAGCAUUGGUGGCAUUGGCGAAAACUGCAAGAAAGCGCUGCUAUUGCUGCAAAAAUUCCUAGAGGAAUAUGUACUGGCCUCAUAA